AAGAAAAAAUCAUCGUACUUAGUACUAGGCUUUUCCAUUUACACCUUUUUACCUUUACCGAGCAAAACGAAAAGAGAGUCGUUGAACUGAACAAUCAGGUUCCACUUUUUAUUCUAUUUAGGUUCGUGUCAAUAUAAUUUGAGUUGGUUAUUUUUCCAAUUUAUUAAGUGACUCCUUUGAAAGUGGUGAAGAGUACUUAGUAUAUCGUUGUUGACUUUCAUUCUUCUUUUAGCCACUUGGUUCUGGUGUAAGUGUAGCUAUUGCUUUGAUAUCCCCAACUACAUAGCCCUAUUGUAUCCCUUAUCGUGUAUUGAGGCAGCUGAGACAGGAGAAAAAGGGCAACGACCUCUACAGAUUCCUGGACAGACUCUUGGUUGCGUUGAUUGGCAGAGAAGCGUCAUCAUGACCGAUAAAGCUGUUGCUCCGGAAACGGAGCUCACCAGUCCCGUAGCCGACAAUUCGGAAAAAAAGGUCCGACUAGAAGGCUCUAAAAUCCUCGAGAUGGAUGAAUCAGGUGAUGGAUUUUUCACUACCAAUGCCCCAGCAAAUAAAGCGGUGGACGCAGCGGUAGACGUUUCUAUGCUAGAAGGCGGCGAACGACCUCCCAGUCCGACUCCUUCUCAAGGCUCUGCCAGUGGGGCCGCCACAAAUUACGGCCUCACUUAAUUCAUCUUUUGAUUCAUCUGUGAGCUGCUUUCUUUCAAAUAGAUGAAAAAGCGACAGAGAUGUGGGAAAAGAUGGAUUGUAGUGCGUUCUAAACAAAGCUAGUCGAAGUAGGCGAAGGCGCGGACGUUUAUUUUACGAGUGCGCCGGAAGCGUUGAGAUGGCUACCCCCAGAUUUGAGUGAGGAACAAUUGAAUGCCACGGCUAGGAGUGGCUUAGAGAAAGAUAAACCAUGGUUCGCGAAGUCGGUAAUCCCAUUGGAGCUGGGAUUUUUUAGGCGACUGUUUUCGAUCUUGAACUCGCGAUUCGGAGAAAACGGCGAAAUCUCAAUUGCGCACUUUGAGAGGACAAUGUUGCGGUUGUACAAGAUUGUGGGGGAAUCAGGUAGUACAUACAAAUCUUGAUAGAACAAUCCGACUUCUAAAUAGCCUUAAAUGUAGUCAUCAACCAACGGGUAUCCAACUUCUAAAUAGCCUUAAAUGUAGUCAUCAACCACCGGGUAUUAUGGGUCAAUCCGACUUCUAAAUGGCCUUAAAGGUAGUCAUCAACCAACGGCCGUCAUUAAUUUGACACACUGCUGGAACUGUUUUGUCCCGCCGUUAGGCUAGUAGUACUAAAUGGGACACCUCCAUGAUGAUGAUUGUGGGCAUCUAUCGACUUUCCUUUCUGUCCCCGAAUGAUCCACAUGUAGUUUGCCCGACUAAGCAGUUAGAUGAGCACGAGUUGCAGGUCAUAGUACAUCGUGUAGAUCAUAGUGCAUCAUCUUGAAGAUUAACAUACAUGGUUCCUGUCGUACUAAUUAGUACAAAACUAACGAGGCUUCAUUGAAGUACUCUUCAACAAGAACACCCUCUUCGCUCUUACUUUCGAGCCUAUCCCUGCGUCCCUUACUACAGGUCCCGAGCGCGAGGGCGCGAACUUCAAGGCAGAGGACUUUGACGUAGACGGCUCAGGUGCGGUGGGAUGGUGGGAGUUUGUGGCUUGUUGGAAGGCCAACGACUUCAAUAUACCUAUCACUUUUGCAGAACGGCUCUGGCUCAGUGUGGAGGACGUCUCUAGUUCUGCAUUCGCGCAAUUAGUGCAGUCAAUAGUCAUGCUGAUGAUUAUUCUGUCAUCGUCCUGUUUCAUGGUGGCGACGUUGCCUUGUACUGCUUUUUUUUGAUGAUGUUUUGGAGAUUUAGUGGUAGUUAUCGUAGAUCAUAGUUGUAAGUAGUCCUUUUCUAUACCAUUGAUUUUUACCUCCAAAAUGUCUAGUUCCUCUUUUCCUUUUGUGUGUUUCGUUGACGAAUGAGUCUAGUAUAGAUAGCCUUGUGGACGAAUACAAGCCUCAAAGAACUCACGUCCGAUAUAGCUAGAAAAAAUCGGAAUCGCCUAAUGCUAGUUCUAUCAAUCCCUCAAAUUCAAAUGAAUCCUGCCCCUCAAACAUCACUGAAACAGCCUUAAAAUCCGCCGCCGACGGUUGUUCGCCUCGUUGCGACAAUCCGACGACUACCAGCGACAUCGACUUCUGUAAAGAACGGUGUGAGCCUGAGCAAUCGGAGUUUUUUUGGAUAGUCGAGCUGCUUUGUGUCGUCGUCUUCACUGUCGAAUACGGCGUCCGCAUCGCUGCCUACCCAUUUGCACGUGCAGAACUUUUUUCACAGGAAAUCCUCAUGGACAUGUGCGUGGGUGAUCUACCAGUCAGUUUUCAGACCUCACAUGUGCGGUUGUUUAACUUCUUUUUCUCGCCAGCAAACCUGGUGGAUUUCUUUGCCAUCUUGCCGUUUUACUUGGAGUUGUUACUCGCCUCAGCAUUCGACAUUCGCGGAACAGCGGUUUUGAGGGUGAUUCGAUUGACCAGGUUGUUCCGGCUGAUGAAGGCGGUGAAGUAUUUCGAGACGUUGCUGAUCAUUGGGAGGGUGCUGCGGAAGUCCAUGCAGGCAUUGACAGUGCUGAUAUUCUACUUGGCACUCUGCGUUUGCUUCUCAGCGUCACUACUAUACUUCGCAGAAAGCGGGGAGUGGGAUCCGGUAUUUAAAGGAAUUUAAAUUUCUUCUAUAUCGCGGAGAACCUGGUGUUUAUAAUGGACAAAGUAACCAAAACCACUAUCAUCUUCUGACCCAUUUUUUUUGAAACCUAGGUAGAUGCUGUUGCAAAAAACACUUCAUGUUUCUCUCGUAAACCUGAACCUCUACUUUCCAAGAUUCAUCCUUUACUAUCAAAAAACCUAAAUUUCGAAAGAUUCAACCUCUACAUUCUACUACUUACAGGUUGAAGAGGAAUGGAUGAGAACGAACUGGGUUGACGAUUCGAGAUCCCCAACACCGUUUAAAUCGAUUCCCCACUCAUUCUGGUGGUGUUUUGUCACCUACACGACAGUGGGUUACGGAGAUAUGGUACUUGCUUUGAUUGAUUCCAUCUACAUUUUUCUAGGUACAACGAACGGUAUUAUAAGAGUCUGUGCGUUACGGAGAUAUGGUAUCCUUCGAUGCUGAAUUUUGUUGAUUUACACUUUUUUCCUAGGCAGGUGGAAGUAGCGAUAUUGUAACAGACAGAGUGCUUCUUGAUACACGGGCUGGCGGAAGAAACUCGAUGCCAAAUAACCUCAGUCAAAAACCCUCGCAUCAACCACUUUCACAUCAAUCACCCUCGUCACAGGAACCACCCCCACCUCAAACUGAAAAUAAUCUGCCAAACAGGUCCCGUUCUCCGGUCUGGGUCAAAUGUUCGCUACCGCAACUAUGGUCGUCGGCCUCUUAGUUCUCGCAAUGCCUAUCUCUGUCCUAUCCGCUAACUUCUCCCAAGUGUGGAAGGAGCACGAGGAAGAAGCGCGGUUACGCAUGAAGAGUGACGAAAUCGAGCGCGAAGCGGUCCAAUCUGCAUUAGCCAUCAAGGAUCCCGCAGAACAGUUCCGAAGGGUCCUCCUUGAAUUGUGGGAUGAGGACGCUUUGGGCGAGAGGGACUUUUUGGGAGAAGCCCAAAUCGAAUUCGAUAUGAUUGGAAAGGAACCGAAGGAAUGCGAUGGAGGCAGGAAGUUUGAGACGAUUGUGGUACCUACUUCGACAUUGUGUUUUUCAUUUUGUUUGAUGCUGCUAUGGAAAUGUAAGUGAGCAAGAGCAUCAUGAUCACCAUUCGUAUUCCCGUGCACUGGACUCGGAAUUUUUAUACACACUCCGCACAGCCUUUUGUACAAGAGUUAUUAUCAUGAGAAGCAUCGUACAGUACCAAGCCACACUCUCCUCCCAACACCUCUCCAGUGUAAAUUCUCGCCGAAUAUGCUGAAACAUACGAACGACAAAGUCGUGCCAAAAGGGCGAAUUAAGCUUCUGGUGUCGUGGACUCCGCUACCAUAUGACACUGACGAAAACGGAGAACCAGCACCACCAAAGGAAAAUGAAGACGGAGAUUGUACUCAACUUCUAUUCUGAAUAUAUUUUUGAAUGCCCAGCAAUAGGAUUUUGAAACUAGUAGAAUAGCGCGUUUCUCUUCGAAAGUCACCUUGCUCAUAUUUUAGAGUUACCUUGUCGUUCUGUGUCAAGCUCGAUGCCCAAUUGAAAACCACGACCAAUUGAAAACCACCUGCUCAACACCUCUUCCUCAGCUCCGACUUCCAAGGCCGCCGAGAAGUAUAAGCGCAAGAAAGUUCCAGAAAAACGAACACACAUAAACUAUCAAAGCGAGCAGCUGUGGCCAGGCCACUUAACCAUCAUCGUGCACUCAGCCGAAGACGUUGCUCCUGCAGAUUUUAGCAUUUUCGCCAGCGGUGGAAGCUCCGAUCCUUUCGUCGUCAUCACCUGUUGGCCAAUGGUUCCAAACGCCAAUGGCGCUUUGAGCACUAAGACCAACCGAACCAAGACCCAAUACGCGACGUUAGACCCAGCAUGGAACGAGAUGAUGGACUUCGAAUUUUUGUGGACAAACCCAGAAAACCUAGCAAGAAAGGAUCAACCAAAGCCAUCGCCUUUUGAUGGGUUAGACCCAGCAUUAGCUGCCGAGAUGCAGAUGGCGUCGAAAGGAGGCGCGCCAGGCACAUAUAGUAGUCUGAAUGAGAAAUUGCUGAAAAUGGAAUUGGAUGACGCGCCUGACCCAUACGAUAAGCAAACGUUUGAUUUGGUACUCUAUUCUUCCUUCAGUAGUUUUUUUGGACUUCUUCGCUAGAGCUUCAGUUUUUAGAUUGAAGAUUUUCUAUCUUGGACGAAGUCGCUUUUGUGUCAGUGUGUUUUUAUCAGUUGUAAAAAGUAUAGAUGGCUUCAUUUACAAGGAAAAGUUUUAGGCCUUAAUACAAAGUGGUCCCUGCAUGGGUAUACCCAUAUGUCUACGCUUUGAUCCAUUUUUUUGAAGUCAUCUUCAUAAUUAGCAUCUUCGUGACCAUCAAAAAACCACCACCACCACCUCCUCCUCACAGUUGAUGGAUUUCCAGAAGGAGUUUUCUGCGGAAAUGGAUGAGACGAAGCAAAUGCUCCUAGACCUUAUGGAAAUGACGAGGAAGCAGCAUAAGCAAUUGGUGAAGGAGCUAGGGUUGGGAAAGACCAAGAAAAAGGAUAAAGAUGCCGAAUAGAUUCGUGGAUUCGGAUCAUCAUCAUCCCCUUUAUCAUCAGGAUGAGAAAGGGGAAUGGACGCAGGAUGCGCAUCAUCAGACUUAGCCUGUCGAAGGCACAGCCAGGCUUACCCCGUGGAAGGUGAGUGGCUUCGUAUCUUAUCCUAUUCAAACAGGUUCUCCUGAUGGCCUUUUUUUCCAUGAUAAAUUACUAUCACAAAGAGUUUUUGAGAUCGAAUUCGAAGAUCCCUGUCAUAUAACAAGUGAAUUAAUCUACUACACGAUACCAUUAUUGGAGAUUCAAGACCUCAUACAGUGAACUCAUCUACUUACAUUCAUACACAGCACUUUAUACAUAGCACUAUCUGGCUACUAGUACAAGACGGAACUACUAGCACAAAUAAGUAUUUUUUUUCAGUUUUUAUUUCAACAUCAACAUUCAUUGACAUAGACACUCAAUUACAACUACAAUUGUUAGAACUUCAUUUCGUACCUCAGUACCACUUGUUCAGAACUUCUCUUUUUAACCUCAUUAGACUGGUGUUAGGCGUCGUACUCACGUCUCUAGUGGGUGAAAACUUGCGCCACUCAAGUGCCGUGCAUUGCAGUAUAACUAUGACUAGUAGCCUAGAGUCGUUCUCGUUAGGUUUGACGGUUUGACUUUGGGCACUGGUUAUAGAAUUAGGAGUUCCCCUACUAGUGCAAAGGCACCAUAUUACACGUAGAUGAAGUCGUAGACGUACUCCUUUUCGUAACAUGUAGGGGAUACUUACAGAGUCGGCGCGUCUUAGAAUCAUCGAGAUUACUUACACGUUGAAGUCGAUUGUCACGUUAGUAGACCACCAGGGUGACACUCCUUGGACCACUGACUUGAGUCAUAUCUAUUGCGCAGAAGUAGUACGUGGGAUUGCGUAUGAGUAUACAGAUUAUGUGAGCUUGGAUUUGUCAUAUUGCUACCAGCUUAUGCGAGUAGUAAAU